AGCAGUGACAUUGUUUGUAUUGUGGUUGCUAGGGGCGACGAUGCUGAACACGUUCCGAGCACGGACUAAUUGCGAACAAGAAGCCAAAUUCGUCCAGGACCGUAUCGUCUCCGUGGAGCGAACCGUCGCCGAAUUAUGCCACGUUUUCGCCCAAUAUUCCCGAAAAGCGGCCCGUUUAAGGGACAAGGGCGACGAAAUCGCCAAAAUCACUCUCGAACACGCCGAAACCGAAAACAUAAACAAAUCCCUGAGUCUGGCCCUGGAAAAUUUCGCAGACUGCAUAUCGCUUUUGAGCUCCUACGGCGACUUGAGAGUCCAAAAUAUAGAAACCAAAGUCAUCAAAGAGUUUGGAAGGUAUGAAGACAUCUGCAAGCACGCAAAAGACGAAGUUAAGCAGAUUUACAACGCUAGAGAAAAAGAAAUCGCCAGGAAGAGACAACUGGAGAGGAUUAAAGAACGAAAUCCACGAAAUCGGCAACAAAUUAUACAAGCGGAGACCGAACUCGUCAAGGCAAGCGCCGAAUUCUCAAAAACUUUGCACAACCUAGAAGAGAAAAGUACAGAGUUUGAGAAGCAAAAGCUUCACGAUGUAAAAUCGAUCUUGCUUGAUUUUGUUAGCACUGAAAUGGGGUACCACGCCAAAGCUCUCGAAGUCCUCACGAACGCCUACAAGGCCGUAAGUUCGAUCGACGAAGAGGCCGACUUACAGGACUUUCAAAAAAUAAGCAGAAAAGUGGACUCGGAGUUUAAAAGGUCCCUGCGACACCCCGACGCCUCCAGAGGUUCCAGAUCUCGCAGUUUAUUCCGCUCAGCCAACUCCUUGGGUUCCUUGGGCGCUCUAUUCUCAUCCAACCCCAAAAAGCCCGACGGAAUCCCCCGCAGCCGCUCCAAAAGCCAAGAAACCCUCGACUCCAUGAAACAAAGCAUCUCGGAAACCGAAGACAGCCUCAGCGACACCAACAUCUCCGAAAACUUGAGCGACCCAGAGGAGCCCUCGUCCCCCAUCAAACCCCGCAAGCGCAAAUAACUCUCCUACUACUAAUAAUUUAUUAACAAAAUCGCAUUAUAACUUAAGACUUAU